GUUUCACUCUCUCAAGCUUUCCUUAAAAAAAAGAGAGGAAAGAAAGAGAAGGCCUUUAACUUCUGCUUUUCACCUAUUGCAUCAUGCAAUGGAAAUUUUACCCUUGUUUUAUUUUUUUGAUUUCGACGUUUGAAUGCACAAUGUCUGAGAUAUCUGAGAUAAGAUUGCUUUGAUUUUAUUGUCACUCAUUGUUUUCUCAUAAAUAGAUUAUUGGUGGAUCAGGAGGUAAAAGUGGGAGUUUAUAAAUGGGUUUGUUAUUAGUUUUUUUUUGUUAUCACAAUUUUUUCUUGGGAAAUAGUUGUAUGGAUUUUUUAUUAUUGGAUAUUUAUUAGGUUUUAAAGCUGAGAAACUGGGAACUUGGGAUCUAGUUUCUUCAUUUUUUUUUUGUUGGGUUCAAGCUAGAAGCAAUUAGGUUGAAAUCUUAGGAGAAAUUAGGUUGGUUAUAUAUAUAAUGAAAGCUAAUGAAGAGUAUGAUAUUGAUUAUAAAUAUGAAAUUGUUGAUGACUGUUGCACACGGUUCAUUCACUCAUUUCUUUUUUCUAUUACUAGGUUUAAUAUCAUGGGGUCUUCAGCUGCCGAGCCUCUGCCCGUAAUGCCAGAGGUAUUGUUGGUGUUUCGGGCUGGAAAAAUGUUUAUGGAAGGGACUCGGGUGGUGCCAGAUGCUCGUAAAGGACUAGUUCGUAUAGCAAGGGGCGAGGAAGGAUUGGUGCACUUCCAAUGGAUUGACCGGACACAGAACUCACUUGAAGAUGAUCAGAUCGUAUUUCCUGAUGAAGCAAUUUUUGAGAAGGUCCCUCAGGCAUCCGGAAGAGUGUAUAUUUUGAAAUUCAAUACUGAUAAUAGGAAGUUCUUCUUUUGGAUGCAGGAGCCAUCAUCUGAUGCUGAUGCAGGGCUAUGCAACUCGGUGAACUAUUACAUUAAUCGACCUAUAGAUCUUGCUGAUGAAGAGGAGCCCGAAUCUUCUGCCCCUUUGGACAAUUCGGCAAUGUCAGAAGACAUAGGGGGAAAUGAGGUUUCAUCAAGUGCAACAAAUCUGGAUAGUUCUGCCUUGGUUGCACAAUCAGCUGGCAAUAUGAAUCCUCCAUCAGGAACUGUACGCUUAGCGGAUCUACAGAGAAUACUCAGUAGUAUUGGAUCCACAGAUGCUGAGGCAGCCCAAGAUAUAGGUUUUGGCUUAGGAGAUAUAUUAAAGCCAGAUUUGAUAUUACCAGUAGUGGAAACAUUGCCAUUGGAGGAAAGGCUGGAAUCUUUUUUGCCUGAGGGCCGAUGGACUCCUGAUGCUCUUAUGGAAUUGUUCCAGAGCCCACCUUUUCGCCAACAAGUUGAAUCUUUCAAUUAUAGAUGCAGGUUCUUAGAACAGGGCAGAUUGAUUUGUCCCAGUUUGGAAUUGACCCUAGCAAAUAUAAAUUCACCGUGCUUUCCUUUCUUGAUGCCUUGGAUGAUACUGUUACCAAAACGUCGGAAUCCAGGAGUGAAUCUCGGCAAGAUGAGAGCAAAGAUAGCCAAUCUCAAAGGUGUAGUGCCAAUGAUACAAUGGAUGAAGGUCAAUAGCAUAGAACUUAUAAGCCACAAACACAGUUGAAGCAUUCUUGGCAGUUUAACUGUGCAUUAUGUGUUUUUAUGAUAAAUUCAGAUUUACAUUGUUGGAUUUUUUUACUAGAAAAUAAAUUUUAAAAUUAUUAAAUUAAAUCA